AUGGCGUCUGAAGAAGCCAGCACAUCCCCCCCAGGUACCAAGUCCAAGCAGGAGCGAAUCCGCGACAAUCAACGACGCAGCCGCGCUCGACGGCAAGAGUAUCUGGCUGGUCUGGAAAACCGGGUGAAGGAAUGCCAGGUGUCUUGUCGUGAGGCGGAUCUGCAGCGCGCAGCCUACGCCGACCUGCAAAUAGAGAAUGCUCGUCUGCGAGAUCUCUUGCAUUAUGUUGGUAUCAGCCCUGAUGUCGUCGAGAAUUUCGGCCGCCACGGCAUCCAAGCGCUGCCCAGCAAUCCUGCAGCGCUUGCACCUCGCCAAAUCAAGCCCAGAUAUCACCAACCCAGCGCAGUGCGCGCCGGCGAUUUGUAUCAACUCGGCAUGGCCAAACAGGACUCAAUCCCGGAACCAACCUGUCCCGCGUUCCCAACCCCGGCGUCACUUUGUGCUCCGACACCCGUCUUGCCGCCCGAGCCCCUACAAGCCUACAGUGGCCAAGAUUGUCUACCUUUGGUGGCUACUUGCGGUGCGCCUGCGACGACUCUACCCGAAGUGACCUCGAUGUCCUCACUGAGUUCGUAUGAAUGGAUGCCUUGUCCCGACGGCCAAAAGCUCCCUUCGUUCUCCCCCGAGACUUUCUGUUGCGAGACCUUCGGAAUCCCGCCAGUCGGGCCGCUUCUGCCGGACAGCGCAGACACAGUGCAGUGCUUGAUCGCCAAAGCGAUGAUUGAUCGAGAUUACGGCGCGGCUGGCCACGGCUUUCAGCCUUCCCAGAUCUGGGGAAGUGGGCUGCCGGGUCAACACCCAGAUUUUGCUUCAGAUAUUGCAAGAGAUGGACGCAAGGCCGAGAUGUGA